CCCUUCCCCAAAAUUUUCUUAGGAGGUUGAAGCACUCUUCAGGGGAGAUAAUUUGCCUAAAUUUAUCAACUGUGAGUUUGCCUAUAAUGACAAUUGGUUCAUUACAUUUGAGUCAGAAGCUGAUGCACAGCAGGCUUACAGAUACCUUAGAGAAGAGGUGAAAACUUUCCAAGGAAAACCCAUCAAGGCAAGGAUAAAAGCAAAGGCAAUAGCUAUAAACACAUUUUUGCCAAAGAAUGGAUAUAGACCUCUGGACAUGAAUCUCUACACACAACAGCGUUACACAGCGUCCUUUUAUUUACCUCCAGUAUAUAGUCCCCAACAGCAGUUCCCUUUGUACAGCUUAAUUGCCCCGCAGACAUGGUCCACUACACACAGCUAUCUUGAUCCAACAUUGGUAACGCCAUUUCACAAUACUGGAUUUAUCAAUGGGUUUACAUCGCCAACCUUCAAGCCUGCUGCUUCUCCAUUGGCUUCACUCAGACAGUAUCCUCCCCGAAGCAGGAAUCCUACCAAAUCACACCUACGGCACACCAUACCCAAUGCAGAAAGGGGACCUGGGCUUCUAGACAGUCCUACAAUAUUUAACUUUUCUGCUGAUCGUUUAAUUAAUGGUGUCCGGAGUCCACAGACGAGGCAGCCGGGACAAAACAGGACACGAAUGCAAAAUACAACUACAAGUUAUACCAAGAGAGAGAUAGGAACUGGGCGAAUGGAACAGACAAAUAUUGACUCUUCCCCUGGCUUAGGAAGAGGCAGGAAAAAUUCAUAUGGCUAUCGAAAGAAAAGGGAGGACAAGUUUACAAGAGGGCAAACACAGUCUCCGCCACCUCCAAAGCCUCCGUCCCCUAGCUUUGAAUUGGGAUUGUCCAGCUUUCCUCCUUUACCUGGGGCUGCAGGCAAUUUGAAGACUGAAGAUUUCUUUGAAAACAGAUUGUCCAGUGUCAUAAUAGGA